AUGAUAAAGUUAGAAGGCAGGAGUCGAGAUUCAAUUCAUAAUGAAAGUCCAAGUCAAACGGCGGACAAGAAGAUAUAUAUACCAGGGGAAUAUAACGAUGCUCAUGAAAAUGCUUCCAACCAUCCAAGUCAAAUAGUAAGUUGGUCGUUGGUCGCUCGUUAUUCGGUCAACGUAGAACGCUUAAUUUUGCGUAGUUGGACUUCAGCAUUACGAAAUAAACAUAUGAGACUGGCAGGGUUCGUAGCUAAGUGGGGCUAUUUUGUUCGAGACUAUUGCGCUAAACUUGAAGUAAAUAAAAAUUCUCACCAAAAUCACUCCAGAAACGACUAUCGUUCAUUUUCGACCUGUAUGUCUAUUCAGUUUGCGCUUAUAGAAUUAGUUUGUGAGUCAAGUCAAAUUUAUAUUGGAAAAACGGAUCUGAACCCUCUCAUCAAAUAA